UAUCCAGUCUCAGGCAGUUCCUUGAGUAAAGGUAAUGGAGGAUCGCUAUUUUCAAGUUACUAGUGUCAGGGGUGUAAGUUAGACCUCUGCUAUAUGCACGCAUAUUGAAAACUGGCUUGAAAGAACCCGGAGUUUCGCAUCUGUAAGAGUCCUCUGUGACAAAACUAAUAUUAAAAUAGGUGUAGACGAACGGACUUAGUCGAAGUUGUUCAGUGACCGUGAUUGUAUUUCGUGAUACUUCGUUGAAGAAAUUGUUACUUUUGGGAAACAACAAUAUGGAAGCAGAACCUUUAGAACUUGAGGAUGGCGAGGUUAUCGACGAUGAGGCAAGCGAUAUUGAGACGUACAACGUUUUGAAGAGACCUCAUGCAGUUUCAAAUAAAGAGGAACAAUUAAGAAUAGGCUAUAAUGAUGAAUCUGAUGAAUCUGUGGACUCUGAAAGUGAUUCCGACUCAGAUUCUAGACACGUUAGGAGUAAAAGACCUAAAUUGAAACUGAAACGGUCAAGAAAUUCACUAAAAAGUUGGGAAAAUAAAAAUGACAAAUACAAAAUUUGGUGCACUCAAAUGCAAGAGGAUUCUUUGACAGAAGAUUUAGUGUUGUGCGGUGUAACAAAGAAACGCUUCCAAGAGCGCAAUGUUGAGAAUUAUAACAUUCCAUACCAUUAUUCUGCAAAUGGUAGAUGGAAUUCAGAACAACAUAACAAUAAUAGCUCAGAAGAUGAGAAAGAAAUUGAGAGGAGAUUAACGAAUAAAAGAACAAAUUCAGAUAGAAGUAACGUUAAGCUAAGAUUAGGAAAGAGACGUAAUUCAAUGGAUGUAGAUCAUCAAAAAGGAACAGUACGAAAAAUAGCAGAUUUAAGUACAACAGCCGAAUCAGCUGAUGCAGAUGUGGCUGCGGAUAUAGCAUCCAAACUUAACGAGAAAAAGGAUCUUCUUAUAAGUAAGACACAUAGUUCUAUGUUACAUUUAACAUGUUAAAUGCCAAACAUCUGUUGUUCAGCUUUUCAAUUAGACUACUCAGUGUUGUCAAGUGGUGAUUGUCAGUUACCAGUGACCAAUACAGCCUGAAUGAAAAGUUUAUUAUCAUUCACUGGUGACUAAUUUAGUGCUUAACAUGCUAG